UCUCAAUCCUCCACUGAGAGAAAAUGUCCAUCCAAGUUGAACAUCCUGCUGGUGGUUACAAGAAACUGUUCGAAACUGUGGAAGAACUGUCCUCACCGCUCACAGCUCAUGUUACAGGAAGUAUCCCCCUCUGGCUCACUGGCAGUCUCCUUCGAUGUGGGCCAGGACUCUUUGAAGUUGGAUCUGAACCAUUUUACCACCUGUUCGAUGGGCAAGCCCUCCUGCACAAGUUUGACUUUAAAGAAGGACACGUCACGUAUCAUAGAAGGUUCAUCCGCACUGAUGCUUAUGUACGGGCAAUGACUGAGAAAAGGAUCGUCAUAACGGAAUUUGGCACGUGUGCUUUCCCAGAUCCCUGCAAGAAUAUAUUUUCCAGGUUUUUUUCUUACUUUCGAGGAGUAGAGGUCACUGACAAUGCCCUUGUUAACAUCUACCCAGUAGGGGAAGAUUACUAUGCCUGCACAGAAACCAACUUCAUUACAAAGAUUAAUCCUGAGACCUUGGAGACAAUUAAGCAGGUUGAUCUUUGCAACUAUGUCUCCGUCAAUGGAGCCACUGCUCACCCCCAUAUUGAAAGUGAUGGAACUGUUUACAACAUUGGUAAUUGCUUUGGGAAAAAUUUUUCCAUUGCCUACAAUAUUGUAAAGAUCCCUCCACUACAAGCAGACAAGGAAGAUCCAAUAAGCAAGUCAGAGGUCGUUGUACAAUUCCCCUGCAGUGACCGAUUCAAGCCAUCUUACGUCCAUAGUUUUGGUUUGACUCCCAACUAUAUUGUUUUUGUGGAGACGCCAGUCAAAAUUAACCUAUUCAAGUUCCUUUCUUCAUGGAGUCUUUGGGGAGCCAACUACAUGGAUUGUUUUGAGUCCAAUGAAACCAUGGGGGUUUGGCUUCAUAUUGCUGACAAGAAGAGAAGAAAGUAUCUCAAUAAUAAAUACAGGACCUCUUCUUUUAAUCUCUUCCAUCACAUCAAUACUUAUGAAGACAGUGAGUUUCUGAUUGUGGAUCUCUGCUGCUGGAAAGGAUUUGAAUUUGUUUAUAAUUACUUAUAUUUAGCCAAUUUACGUGAGAACUGGGAAGAAGUGAAAAAAAAUGCCAGAAAGGCUCCCCAGCCUGAAGUUAGGAGAUAUGUACUUCCCCUGAAUAUUGACAAGGCUGACACAGGCAAGAAUUUAGUCACACUCCCCAACACAACUGCCACUGCAAUUCUGUGCAGUGACGAGACUAUCUGGCUGGAACCCGAGGUUCUCUUUUCAGGGCCUCGCCAAGCAUUUGAGUUUCCUCAAAUCAAUUACCAGAAGUAUGGUGGGAAACCUUACACAUACGCAUAUGGACUUGGCCUGAAUCACUUUGUUCCAGACAGGCUCUGUAAGCUGAAUGUUAAAACUAAAGAAACUUGGGUAUGGCAAGAGCCUGAUUCAUACCCAUCAGAACCCAUCUUUGUUUCUCACCCAGAUGCCUUGGAGGAAGAUGAUGGUGUAGUUCUGAGUGUUGUGGUGAGCCCUGGGGCAGGACAAAAGCCUGCUUAUCUUCUGAUUCUGAAUGCCAAGGACUUGAGUGAAGUUGCCAGGGCUGAAGUGGAGAUUAACAUCCCUGUUACCUUUCAUGGUCUGUUCAAAAAAUCCUGACCACAUUCUAGCAAAUUAUAUUUCUAUUGACAGAACUAAGAAAAACAGGUCUGCAAUCAAAUUCUAUUCAAUUUUAGCCUGCUGUAUUAUAUGGUUUUAACUUGCAGAUGCACACAAUCUUGCAAUAUUUUACAGAAAGCACAAAGUUGAGCAAGCAAUUCCUUUACCAAAAAAAAAAAAAAAAACUACAUUAUUUAGAUAAUCAUGCUUUC